UGUGUGUCUGCCAACCAGGUCACUCCCAGUUCAGUCCCGGGAAAUUGGGAGGGAAGAAUUUCCUCUAUGUGUCCGCGCUGGACGCAGCCGCAGCCACACGGGCCCGCGUGCACCCCCACACGGGCCACGCACGCGCUGCUGCGUGGUGUCAGUGUGACGCGUGACUCAUCCACCGGAGUGUAACAAGGAGGGAGGCUUCUGGAGCGGCGUGCAGCUGAUUGAUCUGUGCAGGGCGCGCUGACCUCUGCUUCAGAACGAGCUCUGGAGGAUGCGAAAUGUGAUGAAUGUGAGCCGCUGCAUAUUUAUUGUUUCUUCCAAUGAAUUAGAAAUGGGAUCGGCGCUGGAGCGUCCGCGCAUCGCGCUGCGCCCGCGCCGCUCACCGCUCGCGCGUCGUGCGCGACCACGCGCACAUGAUUGAUGCCUGCAGAAGAGUCCAGGUCUCCUGGCGCUCGCUGCUGCGCUAAUAAUAGAAAGCUGGAAAGAUAAAGGCACAGGAAAGGAGACGAGGGAGACUUCAUUAUUGGCGUGUGCCGCGAGUCAAAGUUUGCAGAGGAUUCCUGUAGCACAUUAAUGCUGCGUCCCGGUGAAGCGUCAUCAGUAACAAGUUGUUACAGUAGCACUGUCUCUGAAAGAGCAGCGUGAAAGUGGUUUCGAAGUCAUGUCUGCGCCUCAGAAACUGACACAAGACGUGUGAUUUUUUUCUGACCACAAUAAAAGAUGAAUCAGCAUUCAUGUAUUAACAGUGGAUCAAACCCACAGUUAUCGCUGACUGUGCAGUUCCUUUGAGCUCUUUUGUUUUGGAUUUAAUAAAGCAUCCGUGUAGAUUCAAUGAGCAGUCAACACACAAGCUUAUAGCAGGUAAGUGCCAAAUAUUUGCUAUAGCUUUUUUUUAGAAACAUGAAACAGCAGAACACAGAAAUAAAGUAAUGUAUUACUACAGUGUGUGAUAACAACACACACAUGUACAGUAUGUGGCAGAGAACAAUAUGAACAAUGAGAACAAUCCAUGAGGCAGGAAAUCUGGUUCUUUUUUAAAUAUGGAUUCAAUUUUGAAUUUUAUAUCUUGAACCAAGCUCUUGUUCUUGAAUGCCAGAAUAAGAAUGAGGACAGUGAAUGUCUUAACCCUAAAUUGUUCCAGAUGUCCUAUUGACUGGGGAGGCAGACAGAAGCGCAGGCGUGCUCCGUGUGCUUCGCUGGGGGUUUCGUGGAGUCGCCCAAGAUGGGAUUUGAAUAUUGCAUGUGAGCAGCUGUGAAUAAAGACGUGCACGGAAGCCUCUGCACAGAUUUCUCAGCGAAGCACUGUGAAGUUUGAUCAGUCUCCGCAGAAUGUAAGUGCGGCAGAUGAGAGUUAUUCAGUGGCUGCAUUGUGUCUGUGACAUGUUCCUGGCUCUGAUCCUGGACAGAGGGGUGAGAACCCACAGGAUCCGUGUCACACAUCAGUGUGUGUUUGGCUUCAGGGAGUCGCAGAGCAGAGGUCAAAGGGCUCAUGAUGGGGGACGUGUUGCACAGGGUCUACUCGGACCUGAUCCAAUGCUUAACCAGUGCAUAACCUGCAUGAAUACACAUUAGUACCACUACAUGGGUAUAUAUACCCACACGGUUCAACCAAUACAGCUCAGGGAGAAUUAGUGUGUUGUUGGAGGCCCUGAUAAAAGCCAGCUGUCGUUUCCAAAUAUGUGACAUGCCUGCCGUGCUGCCCUGUCAUGACUCAGUGCUGAGUAGGCCGAUCGUGGGCUUCUUCCUAGUACCCAGCGCCGCGUGAGGGGUGCCAUUCCGCCACACUGGCCCAGGGCUGAGAUUAGCAUCAUGGGAACCGCUGAUAGCAGCUGGAGUCCGCAGAGGUUACACAAGAGUUCAGCUGAGUUGAUCCAGCCGACGGGGUGCCCUGUCCGUCAAGAAGCAGAGGUCCAAAUGCGGAGGGUGUUGUGUUUGUGGAAAGCCAGUGGUGAGUGUACUCAGCUGGGUGGUCCCCACACUCAACCCCUGCAUCAAAAUAGAGACCUAUGAGGAUUCUGCCUCUCUGCGUGCCUCAGGUCGCCUCUGUGACACAGCCUGAGAGGCCACCUGGUGGUCAAACGGGCUACUGCAGCACAGCGGUGAACCAGCAGCUUGUCGUUUAGAAUCUCAUAUGAAAGAGCAUGAAUGAAAGAAAGAAGUAGAAACAUUCAAACACAUGCAAGUCUAUAGUUGCACCAGUGUAAAAAAAUAAUCAAAGUCUUAAAAUAAAAAAAGUCCUUCAACUCCACCACCUCCAAAAAUUAAAAUAACAUAAAAUGUUUAUUUAUAUGUAAGAAUAAAAAAAUAACAAUACAAAUGGUUCCAGGGUUAUUUUGAUGCUUACAAAAUUAUUUUACACUGUAUAUAUAUUUUAAUCUCAUUCAUUGAUUAAGCAAAUUUAUUUGUUUUUAUUUUAUUAUGGCGAAACUAAUAAAAGCUCCAGCCACCUUUCAUGAACUUGUUGUGCACAACCAGGCCCGUCUGGAGCAGGUGGGUGGGACAUGCACUCGACAGGUGUGUUUGGGGUCCGUAGUGUUGGAUGGUGAACAGAUUCCUGUUAGUGAGAAGAGCUGCAGCGAUGGCGCAGGUGAAGGUGACGGGGGACGCGACGAGGGGCCAGCAGGACUGUGGAGACAUUUACUCUGACAUGGCUACAGUCAGCUCCAGCGCAGACGUAGGAGAGUCGGGCAGGAAGGGCUCGCUGUGCGAGGCCUCCGUGGCUGCAGGAGUGGGCCGGCGGAGCAGGGCCUAUCCUUCCCCCGCCAGGAGACGCCACCGCACCACCUUCAGCCACAAGCAGCUGGAACAGCUGGAAAUGGCCUUUGGACAGAACCAGUACCCGGACAUCUACUACAGGGAGGAGCUGGCGCGUGUUACCAAGCUCAACGAGGCUCGUAUACAGGUUUGGUUCCAGAACAGAAGGGCCAAGCAGCGGAAGCAGGAGCGGGCCUCUCAGAAGGUCCUGGGCGCGAUGCCGGGCCACAGGGCUCUGCUGGGAGGCGUGCACGUCCAGUCGCCUGGCAUGGCCCGGCAGUACUACGCCCAGAGCCUGGCGCACAUCCCCCGCCUCCCCCCCAUGCUGCCGGCCGGGCCGUACGCCCGCCACCCGGGCGCAGUCAGCCAGUGCCCCUGCCCCAGCGUCCCCACUCAGACGCCGCCCCAGCGGCAGCCCGACGACUGGUACGGCCCUCUGAGAAGCAACCUCUCCUCGCCCAUCUUCUCACUGGCCUCUAUGCAGCCGCUGGACCCGGCGUCCCACUGGAGUUAGAAUGUGGCCACCUGGAUGUGUUCCAAAUAAAAUCCUUAAAACCCU